ACAACAAACAUAAUAAUCACUCUUCCAGAACUCAAGAUUGACUCUCCUGUUCGGAAACUCUUUCUUCUAUCAACCUCACUCUUCGGGAUAGAUGAAUGGAAGAACACUCUUGAGAGCCGUCAUCCCCAAACCACAACAACACCACCACCAUUGUCGCGGUUUCUCAACGUACGACCUAGGAACGUGCAUUGCCACCCUCCAAUCAUGUGCUCACAACGCAAACCUCUCCAAAGGCAAGGAACUUCACACCCACUUGCUCAAAAACGCGUUCUUCGGAUCCCCCCUCGCCAUCACCAGCCUCAUCAACAUGUACUCCAAGUGCUCCCUCAUCGACCAUUCCCUCAGAGUCUUCAACUUCCCCACCCAUCACAACAAAAACGUCUUUGCCUACAACGCGCUCAUCGCUGGCUUCCUUGCAAACGCGCUUCCCCAACGCGCCCUUGCUCUGUAUAACCAAAUGAGGCAUCUGGGUAUUGCUCCUGACAAGUUCACUUUCCCGUGUGUCAUCAGAGCCUGUGGUGAUGAUGAUGAUGGUUUCGUGGUUACGAAGAUUCAUGGCUUGAUGUUUAAGGUUGGCUUGGAAUUGGAUGUGUUUGUUGGCAGUGCGCUGGUAAAUACUUACCUGAAAUUCAGGUUUGUGGGGGAGGCGUACCGGGUGUUUGAGGAAUUGCCUGUGAGAGAUGUGGUGCUUUGGAAUGCCAUGGUUAAUGGGUUUGCGCAGAUUGGGAGGUUUGAGGAGGCUCUUGGGGUGUUUAGGAGGAUGGGGGGAAACGGGGUGGUUCCUUGUAGAUACACAGUUACUGGGGUUUUGUCGAUAUUUUCUGUGAUGGGGGAUUUUGACAAUGGACGAGCUGUUCAUGGGUUUGUGACAAAAAUGGGUUAUGAAUCCGGAGUUGUUGUUUCAAAUGCACUGAUUGAUAUGUAUGGGAAAUGUAAAUGUGUUGGUGAUGCGUUGAGUGUGUUCGAGAUGAUGGACGAGAUAGAUAUUUUUUCGUGGAACUCGAUCAUGUCGGUUCAUGAACGGUGCGGUGAUCAUUAUGGAACUUUGAGGCUUUUUGAUAGAAUGAUGGGGAGCAGCAGGGUUCAGCCUGAUUUGGUUACUGUUACAACAGUACUUCCGGCUUGUACUCAUCUAGCAGCGUUGAUGCAUGGUAGAGAGAUACAUGGGUAUAUGGUUGUAAAUGGGUUGGCAAAGGAAGAAAGUCACGAUGUUUUUGAUGAUGUUCUAUUGAACAAUGCUUUGAUGGACAUGUAUGCAAAAUGUGGGAACAUGAGAGAUGCGCGAAUGGUUUUUGUUAAUAUGAGAGAGAAGGAUGUGGCAUCAUGGAACAUCAUGAUCACUGGUUAUGGAAUGCAUGGUUAUGGUGGUGAGGCGUUGGAUAUUUUUUCUCGUAUGUGUCAGGCUCAAAUGGUACCUAAUGAAAUCAGUUUUGUUGGAUUGCUAUCUGCAUGCAGCCAUGCUGGCAUGGUGAAAGAGGGGCUUGGGUUUCUCUCAGAAAUGGAGUCAAAAUAUGGUGUUUCUCCAUCCAUUGAACACUACACCUGUGUGAUUGACAUGCUUUGCCGUGCAGGGCAGCUGAUGGAGGCUUAUGAUUUAGUUCUGACAAUGCCGUUUAAGGCUGAUCCCGUAGGAUGGAGGUCUUUGCUAGCAGCCUGCCGUCUCCACAACGACACAGACUUGGCUGAGGUUGCUGCUAGUAAAGUGAUUGAACUUGAGCCAGACCAUUGUGGAAAUUAUGUGUUAAUGUCAAAUGUUUAUGGAGUUGUUGGUCGAUAUGAGGAAGUAUUGGAGUGGAGGUAUACAAUGAAGCAACAAAAUGUGAAGAAGAGACCAGGCUGCAGUUGGAUUGAACUUGUGAAUGGUGUGCAUGUUUUUAUAACAGGUGAUAGGACACAUCCCCAAACUGAAUAUAUUUAUGCAGGCUUAAAUUCAUUGACAGCAGUUCUGCAAGAGCAUGGCUACGUCCCCUUUAUCUAGCAUUUGGUCUGCAAAGAAAGUUAGGCAUGGGUUCAUGACGACUUAUGUUGUUGGGAUGGAUAUGUGUUGAAAGGUAGAUCAAUAAAGCCUUGGCCAUUCAAUCUUGCAUUUCAGAUGAAGCAACCUUUAAUACCAUCCCUAUAAAAUGCAGAAAUUUAGGAGAUAUUACUUGUGGAGGACUAAUUUUAAUGGUCUCUCAAUGUUACACCUUAUUGAGAUUUAGGGUUUCAAUGUGUAGUUGAAUGCACUAUGCAGCAGUCACAGCUGAAGAGACAACAGAAUGGCAGGUCAAGCCUUCAACAGAGGGAGGCCUCUGUCAGAAUCAAGACGAAGAAGCCUCAGAUGUUUCAUUGUGAUACGGAGCUGGCUGAAGGAAACAUGUCUGAGAGAGCCUUGAAUUAGUUAGAUAGUACAGUUUUUGUUUUUUUUUUCUGUUGAGAAAAGCUGUUAGGAUUGGUUGUUAGUAACAACUUUAUAUAGCCAAUUCAGUUCUUCCCCUAGAACUAACUUUUCUCUUAUUACAAGAACCAGGAAAACCUUGCAAGAGAAAAGGUUUUGAGAAGUUUUUAUUGAAGAUCAAGGAUACAGAGAAGCAUGUUUUACAAGUAAUGGAAUGAAUUACCUCAGGAACUGAAUUGGCUAUAUUAAGCUGUUACUAACAACCAAUCCUAACAGCUUUUCUCAACAGAAAACUGUACUAAUCAACUAAUUCAAGGCUCUCUCAGACACGUUUCCUUCAGCCACUGCAGUUGCUCCGUAUCACAUUGAACAAUGAUGAUUCUGGGGAUAAUUUGAGUGAUACGACAACCCCUUAGAAGUUCAACAUAAAUUCACAAUUACUGCACUGGUGGAGGAGCCUGGAUGUGUCCUGUUUACCUUGAGGAACCAUUUGUGGGUUCCACAAAAUGCUAAUCCUCUAAGGCCAUUGUUGUCAGGCUCAACAGCUGCUUCAAAUGGAAAUCCACGCCUUCCAGAUUCUUUGCAUUAUAUUGAUCCUUCAGGACGACCAAAUGCAUACCAGAGGGACCUACACUUUUUGGACCGGUCAUAAGCACUGCUGCACUGAUUGCCAGCCAAUCUGUAGCAAAUGGUGGAAGAAAGUACUUUGUUUUAUUAAUAAUCACAGAUGGAGUAGUGACAGAUCUCCAA